AUGAUACGCCAAAAGAGCCAAAUUUGCGGCAAUAAGCUGAUCGCUAUGAUCACGCUCGUCGAUGCGCUUUCAAGUUGUUGGUUCGGCUACGACCAGGGCGUAUACGCUGGAGUACUGGUAUCAGAAGAUUUCAAGGAACAAUUUCCUCAGGUUCUUGACGCCAAUAUAUCAGGCAUCACGUCAAGUUGCUUCUUCGUAAGAACCGCCCUAUUAUUUUCCUGCCUUUGGUUUCAGAGUGAUUUUUGGUCACCAAGCAAGACUGAACCCGUACAGAUUGGAGCCUUCAUAGGUUCAAUGGCAGCUUUUAUGCUUGGCGAUAGACUCGGACGAAGAAAAACCAUAGCCUGGGGUUUAUUGUGCAACUUCCUGGGAGCGAUCCUCCAGUUCACCGCGUGGCAUCUGCCCCAGAUGAUCAUCGGGCGCUUAAUAAACGGAUUCGGCAUUGGAUUAACAUCAACCACUACUCCGGUAUAUUUAUCCGAGUGUGCGAAAUCGCACCAGCGAGGCAAAUUAGUCGUCAUCGGCACCGCUUCAAACGUAACAUCGUUUGCGUUAGCCAACUGGAUCGCCUAUGCCCUAUACUCUCAAAAUGGACCGUUUCAAUGGCGAUUUCCUCUCGCGUUUCAAGUAAUUUACUUCUUCAUGAUAACGCCACUUCUCCUUCUAGUUCCCGAGUCGCCGAGAUGGUUGUUAUUAGCUGGUAAGGAGGAGAGUGCUCUCGAAGUUCUUAGCCAACUCGCCGGGAAAGAUAUUCCGAUAAAUGAUGAUACCGUCACGGGAGAGUUUCGCUCUAUCAAAGUCGCCAUAGACCUCGAGAGAGAAGACCGUGCUCCACUAAUAGACGUUCUAUGCUUCCGCGACAAGACACAUAACUUCCGCCGCUUGAUACUGUCUUGCGGAACUCAGUUUAUGCAGCAGUUCAGCGGCAUCAACGCAUUAGGCUUUUAUCUACCCACGCUUUUAGCACAGAACGUCGGUUUCAGUCAAGAAAUGAGCCGGUUGAUUGCUGCCGUCAGCGGUACUGUUUACCUCGUCUCGGCGUUCGGGAGCGUAAUUAUCAUCGAUAAUCUUGGAAGACGAAAGAUGCUACUAUGCGGCUCUAUCGCUAUGGGCAUAUGCCAUCUGAUUGCCUCCCUGUGUCUCAGAUCGAGUGAGCUCGAUAUUUCCAGGCAGAAACUCAUGGGAAACGUAACUACCGCGAUGUUCAUCGUUUUUCACGUAUUUUUUGGUCUAACGUGGGCUUGCGUGCCUUGGGUUUAUUCUGCUGAGGUCAAUUCUCUAGGCUGGCGCUCGCGUGGCGCCGGUGCCGCAACAGCGACAAAUUGGCUUGGUGGAUUCGUGGUGACUCAAUUCACCAAAGUAGGCAUUGAUAACUUAAGCUGGGCCUUUUACCUAAUUUUCGCUGUCUUCUGCUUCUCGUAUUUCCCAAUAGUGCUCUUCUUUUACCCCGAAACCUCAAAUCGUACUCUUGAAGAUAUGGAUUAUAUGUUUAUACAAAACCCAUCUAUAUUCGUAUUGGGGAGGCCUGAAAUGACUCAGCGAAGACGGCCGGCAACUUUCGCUACGGCAGAGGCCAACCGCAUUGCCCGAAUGCCCUGA